AACUCGUGAAAAAUACGAUCAGUUCUAAUGAUUGGCUGAAAUCACGAGAUUUGUUGGAGCGAUAAUUUAUAAAGGCAAGUUCUUCUCGUAUGAUAAUAAAGUCGAAUUUGACGUUUUAUUCAGCGAGGAUGACGCCACUUUCAUGCUUGUUGAUAUGCUCUAUAUUUCUACAUGAUGCAUUGGCCAGUAUUCACUUACAAAAUCCAAGAGGAAGUGGUAAUCGUUUAGAUGAAUCCAACAGAGAAAGGCGAAACGGGAGAAGGUUGUUUGAUUCUCAGGCCAAUAAUAGACAAGGUUAUAAUGUAGGAAAUCUAUAUUAUUAUCAGGGUUCUAAAUUACAAGUUGAAUGGACCAAUCAACAUUCAUGUGGUGGUGAUAAUGCUAACUGUGAAAUCGUUCUUCAAUACAUGUGUAGUGAUACUGUUAGAGAUGGUGCUAUUGUCACAACUAUACCAGAUGUUCCAUCCCGAUGUGAAAAUGGAAAUUGUGAUGCCGAUAUCAAAUAUGGUAUGCAUGAAGAUUUCGAAAGUUACACACGUUGCCGGUUAAGAUCAAGAAACUUUGGUUUAUUUGUUGGUGAUCUUAGGAUGAAUAGAGAUGGUAGAGCCAGAUUUACCAGACAGAAUACACGAGGACUGAGACAUGGUUAUGAAUGCCCUGAAGAGAGGGACUAUUACCCCUACUGGCAUCCUACACCAUGGAGGGAUAUUGCCGUGUUGACCAAUGAUGUCUCUAGAUGUGAUUAUUAUAAAGAACAGAGUGAGAAUGUAAAGGGAAGGGGAUAUUGUGACAUACCACUAGAACUUCUGGUAGAACAAGGACGUAAAAUAACAAUUCCAAAUAACAAAGCAGAUUGUGACAAAUUUAGAUUCCCAGCUAAUAACCCAGAUGGUGUAAAGGGGGUUUGGAAGGUAGCCCCCUCUCACGGCAUCGCUGCUCCAAUAUGUCAGGAAAAUCAGUACAGUCGAGAUAACCAUAACGGUAACGGCAUUAAUGGACAAACCAACACCUUUAACUGGACUUUACCAAACAUCCAGGAAGAAAAUUGCAUAUUCAGAAUAAGAUACAACGUUACAUCCAACGAAUUUAACGGCUGGGAAACAACCGCUGAACAAAACGCAGACCCACUAAAAAGAGUAGAUGGUGCCAAAGUACCCCUCUUCAAGAAUUUAGGUUUCGACAGCAGAUGUGAUGCCGCUGAGCGUGGGUUCCUUCUCAAGAGCGACCCGGAGGUUAAAAUAUUUGAUGGUUUAGACAUUGGAUUUAAAUUAGCUGUGGACACUAGACAAGUUGGACGCACAUUCGAGGACAGGUCGUUUAGGUUUGAAGUACGCCCACGCCCAGCAGGUAUACCAGCAGAAGCUAACAUUUAUAAUGUUAAUGUACGUGGUAAAAGAGGUAAUAUUGUACAGACUUACCCGUCUACAGAAUACGAUUUUGUUCCGGCCGAUUUGCAUGCUACACCUGAUGAUUAUACACAUCUGCAAUGGACUGGAUCCAAUACCAAUAAUAAUGGUAAUGCUGGUCAAGGACUUCGUGGUACAGAUAGACAUAACUAUGUAUUAUUACAUGAACAAAUCUAUCCAGAAGGAAGUGGUUAUACUGGACCUGGUGUUAAAGUCGGCCAUUUUGGUGUUAACUAUCCAAUGAACCUAACGGGUACAUCUUUGCCGUUAGACACGUUAGAAAAACUAGCAUAUCUAAAACCAGCACAACUGGGUGGUGAGAUGUCUGAAUUAGAUGAUGCUGGACCAUAUUUUGAUGCUGGUUUGAUGAAAGCACCUGAACCAGGAACCUAUCACUAUAUGUGUAGCAGAAAUAACGCAUUUACGAACCGGGACCAAAAAGGUCGAUUUAUAAUCCAUCCAACAACUGCUCCAGCAAAGAGAAACCUGAACUCUGAACUACAAGAAUUACUUCAAAUUUUGACAUCGGAAUCAUAAUAUGAGAACGUCUUUAAAUGGGGAUCUUCGCAGUUCUAACUGGACAAACGAUUGCAUUUUUCUUAAUGAGUUUUAUAUAAUUUAUGAAUUCCUUCCAAAUAACUCCCUCCCACGUUAUAAAACAAUAUCCCUCAUAUUCUCUUUAACUUUGUUACGGUAUAGUUAUCUUUGUAUACAAUGUUUUGUUAUGAAAUUUUGUUAUUGUUUUGAGAAGAAUUGUGAAAUGAUUAAAGACAUCUUUUUAAAAAGCUAUUGAAUGUAAUAAACUGAUCUAAUCAAAG